AUGACGACCCCAAUCCCAAAACCUCCUGGCGUGCCGCUGCUGGGCAAUAUCUUUGACGUGAAGCCCGGCAAUACAUGGGAUUCAUUACGGAAGCUCGCAGACAAGUAUGGCGAGAUCUUUCAGAUCAAAGUCCUUGGCCAAACCAUUGUCUUCGUUGCCAGCGCAGCCCUGGCCGAGGAGCUCUGCGACGAGAAGCGCUUCCGCAAGUAUAUUGGCGGGCCCAUUGUCGAGAUCCGCGCCGCAGUCCACGACUCGCUGUUCACUGCAUAUGACGACGAGCCAAGCUGGGGCAUUGCUCACCGAGUCAUCUACCCCAAGCUAAGCCCCGAUGCCACGAAAGGUCACUUUGAGGAAAUGCGAGAUCUGGCCACGGAGCUGUUCAAUACAUGGAGAGGCCUGGGUGACAAGAAUACCAUCUCUCCGGUGGAGCAGUUCAACAGGCUGAACCUCGAGUCCACCACCUAUGUCUUGUUUGGCAAGCGACUCAACACAUUAAUCGGCCCUCCCCAUCCGGAGCUUCAGGCAAUGGAAGAUUCGACCUCGGAGGCGAUGAAGCGCCCGACCCGCCCAGGCGUGCUUAAUUGGUUGCUGUAUGGCCGCAAGUUCGACUCGUCAAUCAAAGUCAUGCGAGACUAUGCCGCAGACCUGGUCAAGUACCGCCGGGAGAACCCAACAGACAGGCAGGAUGUGCUGGCCGCCAUGAUGAACACGUCCGACCCGGAGACAGGCAAGAAGUUGACUGACUCACAAGUCAUUGACGAGAUUAUCACGAUGCCCAUUGGCAGCAGCACGGCACCCUGCCUGGUGUCGUGGGCAAUGUACUUCCUGCAGAAGAAUCCGGAGACGAUUGUCAGGGCCCGCGAAGAACUGGACCGGGUCAUCGGCGAUGGUGAAUUCGAGCUGGAGCAUCUUGAGCGACUAGAGUACGUCCAAGGAAUCAUGCGCGAGUCGCUCCGUCUGUCCUCGGCGGCACCAGGCUUCAACAUUGAGCCACGGCCAAAGGAGGGCGACAAGAGCCCUGUGCUGCUGGGCGGAGGCAAGUACCAGGUCGCUCACAACCAGGCCAUGAUUAUCAUCCUACACGGCGUGAACCGGGAUCCAGCCGUCUUUGACGAUCCGCUGGCGUUCAAGCCCGAACGCAUGAUCGGCGAGGCCUUUGAGAACCUGCCCGCCGCGGCCAAGAAAUGGUUCGGCAACGGCAAGAGGGUGUGCAUCGGCAGAUACUACGCUCUGCAGUGGAGCUUGGUCGUGCUGGCCAAGUUGAUUCGGGAGUUUGAUUUUGAGCUGGCGGAUCCGGAGUAUAAGCCGGAGCUGGAUGGAUGGUUCAACGUUCGGCCCAUUGGCUUUUACGUCAAGGUGAAGCCAAGGGCGACUUAG